AUGAGCCUCAUCUUCAGCGCGUUCAAGACGCUCACCGGGCAGACGGUCACCGUCGAGCUCAAGAACGACGUCGCGCUCACGGGCGAGCUCAAGAGCGUCGACCAGUUCCUCAACUUCCGCCUCGACAACAUCCGCAUCCGCGAGGGCGACGAGGCGCGCUGGCCGCACCUGAUGGCCGUGCGCAGCGCCUUCAUCCGUGGCUCCGUCGUGCGGUACGUGCACGUGCCGGCUGCCGCCGUGGACACGCAGCUGCUGGAGGACGCAACACGGCGAGAGGCCGCAAGCGGGAGACGGUAGCGGCAUUAGCAAUGACGAUGCUGCCCAGAUGAAGACACGGCUUGGUGGCGGCGCAGUGGUAGCGGUGCAGCGGUGGUGCAGGUGGUGACAGUGGUGGAGCAGUGGUGGUGGGCCGGACUGGCUCAGUCCAACCGCUCGUGCCCCUUGAUGCGCCCGUCGCCGGCGCCCAUCUUCGCCGAGCGCGCCCCAAACUGGAUCGCGCGCUUCACAUUGCCCGCCGUCUGCGCCAUGCCGAGGCGGCGCGCGACCUGGCGCAGGAUGCGCUUGUCGCCCGCGCCGGGCCGCUGCGCGAGGUCCAUCUUGCGGUGCAGCGGCAGGCCACACAAGUACGCCAUCACGCGGCGGUCGAGAAAGGGAUGCCGCACCUCGCGCCCGUGGCACGACAUGACGCGGUCG